AUGCCCAUCACCGAGAUGCAGCGCGAAAUGGCGUUUUUCCACCCCAUACGUUUCUUUUGUCAAGGGACAAAUAACAAGCUGACCCAACUGGGACAUGUGGAAGACCAUUUCACCAGCCUGCAGAGGAUGUACAACAACUGCGAGGUGGUACUCAGCAACCUAGAGAUUACAUACGUGGAGCACAAUCGUGACCUCUCUUUUCUGAAGACGAUACAGGAGGUUGCAGGCUACGUGCUGAUUGCACUGAACAUGGUGGAUGUCAUUCCCCUAGAAAACCUUCAGAUCAUCCGAGGCAAUGUGCUGUAUGACAACUCUUACGCCCUGGCAGUUUUAUCCAAUUACCACAUGAAUAAAACCCAGGGACUCCGAGAGCUGCCGAUGAAACGGCUGUCAGAAAUUCUUAAUGGAGGUGUUAAAAUCAGCAACAACCCCAAACUGUGCAACAUGGACACUGUUCUCUGGAAUGACAUCAUUGACACAAGCAAGCAGCCUCUCAAGGUGCUUGAAUUUGCAAGCAACCUGUCUUCUUGUCCCAAAUGUCAUCCAAACUGCACAGAAGACCACUGCUGGGGCCCUGGUGAACAGAAUUGCCAGACAUUAACGAAAGUCAUCUGUGCCCAGCAGUGCUCUGGCCGGUGCAGGGGAAAGGUGCCCAGCGACUGCUGCCACAACCAGUGUGCUGCAGGGUGCACGGGGCCUCGGGAAAGCGACUGCCUGGCAUGCCGCAAGUUUCGGGAUGACGCCACGUGCAAGGAUACGUGUCCCCCAUUGGUCCUGUAUAACCCCACCACUUAUCAGAUGGAUGUCAACCCCGAUGGAAAAUACAGCUUUGGAGCCACUUGUGUGAGGGAAUGUCCACACAACUAUGUGGUGACAGACCACGGCUCCUGCGUUCGCUCUUGCAAUACUGACACUUAUGAGGUGGAAGAAAACGGUGUUCGGAAGUGUAAAAAGUGUGAUGGGCUAUGCAGCAAAGUGUGCAACGGCAUCGGAAUAGGUGAACUUAAAGGCAUCCUCUCCAUCAACGCCUCAAACAUCGACUCCUUCAAAAACUGCACCAAGAUCAACGGAGAUGUCAGCAUUCUUCCAGUUGCAUUUCUAGGUGAUGCCUUCACGAAGACCCUACCCUUGGACCCCAAGAAGUUGGAUGUCUUCAAAACAGUCAAAGAAAUAUCAGGAUUUUUGUUGAUUCAAGCCUGGCCCGAUAAUGCUACUGACCUCUAUGCUUUCGAAAAUCUGGAGAUUAUACGAGGCAGAACCAAGCAACAUGGCCAAUAUUCCCUUGCUGUUGUUAACUUGAAAAUACAGUCCUUGGGGCUGCGGUCCCUCAAGGAAAUAAGUGACGGAGAUGUUGCCAUUAUGAGGAACAAGAACCUCUGCUACGCUGACACCAUGGACUGGCACAGCCUGUUUGCAACUCAGAGCCAGAAAACAAAGAUUAUACAGAACAGAAAUAAAAAUGAUUGUGCUGCUGCCAGGCACGUUUGUGACCCCCUGUGCUCAGACGUGGGCUGCUGGGGCCCCGGACCCUUCCACUGCUUCUCCUGCAGGUUUUUUGAUCGCCAGAAGGAGUGUGUGAAACAGUGCAAUAUCCUGCAAGGGGAGCCGAGAGAGUUUGAAAGGGACUCCAAGUGCCUCCCCUGCCACCCCGAGUGCCUGGUGCAAAACUCCACCAUGUACAACGCAACCUGCACUGGACCGGGCCCUGACAAUUGCAUGAAGUGUGCCCAUUUUAUAGACGGCCCCCACUGCGUGAAAUCCUGCCCGGCGGGGGUUCUGGGCGAGAAUGACACCCUCGUCUGGAAAUACGCCGACGCGAAUGCCGUUUGCCAGCUCUGCCAUCCAAACUGCACCCGGGGGUGCAAAGGGCCAGGUCUUGAAGGCUGUCCGAAUGGCUCCAAAAUCCCGUCUAUCGCAGCUGGCGUUGUCGGAGGUCUCCUGUGCCUGGUGGUGGUCGGCUUAGGCAUCGGCCUUUACUUGCGGAGGCGCCACAUCGUCAGAAAGCGGACCCUGCGCCGGCUGCUGCAGGAGAGGGAGCUUGUUGAACCACUGACACCCAGCGGGGAGGCGCCAAACCAGGCUCAUCUGAGAAUUUUAAAGGAAACAGAAUUUAAAAAGGUCAAAGUUUUAGGCUCUGGAGCUUUCGGCACUGUUUAUAAGGGACUUUGGAUCCCUGAAGGGGAGAAGGUUAAAAUUCCGGUUGCUAUUAAAGAAUUGAGAGAGGCUACAUCGCCAAAAGCCAACAAGGAAAUACUUGAUGAAGCUUACGUGAUGGCUAGUGUUGACAAUCCUCAUGUGUGCCGCUUGUUGGGGAUCUGCCUCACUUCUACUGUUCAGCUUAUCACACAGCUGAUGCCUUACGGCUGCCUCCUUGAUUACAUCCGAGAGCACAAGGACAACAUCGGCUCCCAGUACCUUCUCAACUGGUGUGUGCAGAUUGCAAAGGGAAUGAACUAUUUGGAGGAGCGUCGCCUGGUGCACCGUGACCUUGCUGCCAGAAACGUCCUCGUUAAGACUCCUCAACACGUGAAAAUCACGGACUUUGGGCUGGCAAAGCUGCUCGGCGCCGACGAGAAAGAGUAUCAUGCCGAGGGAGGCAAGGUUCCUAUUAAAUGGAUGGCCUUGGAGUCAAUUUUACACCGGAUUUACACUCAUCAAAGUGAUGUCUGGAGUUAUGGUGUGACAGUUUGGGAGCUGAUGACAUUUGGAUCCAAGCCAUACGACGGGAUCCCUGCCAGUGAAAUCUCCUCUGUCUUGGAGAAGGGCGAGCGUUUGCCCCAGCCCCCCAUCUGUACCAUCGAUGUGUACAUGAUCAUGGUCAAAUGCUGGAUGAUUGAUGCAGACAGCCGUCCCAAGUUUCGUGAACUGAUAGCGGAGUUCUCAAAAAUGGCCCGUGACCCUCCACGCUAUCUCGUUAUACAGGGAGACGAUAGGAUGCACCUGCCCAGCCCUACGGACUCCAAGUUUUACCGCACCCUGAUGGAGGAGGAGGACAUGGAAGAUAUAGUGGAUGCGGAUGAGUAUCUUGUGCCACACCAGGGCUUUUUCAACAGCCCUUCAACAUCCCGGACUCCUCUCUUGAGUUCAUUGAGUGCUACUAGCAACAGCUCUGCUACAACCUGCAUUGACAGGAACGGGCAGGGGCACCCUGUGAGGGAAGACAGCUUUGUCCAGAGGUAUAGCUCAGACCCAACGGGUGCUUUCUUGGAGGACAGCAUAGACGACAGCUUCCUGCCGGCCCCGGAGUACGUAAACCAGUUGGUGCCCAAGAAAGCAUCUGCCUCGGCAGUCCAGAAUCCAAUCUACAACAACUUCUCUCUCACAGCAAACUCAAAGGUCCCCACGGACUCCAGCUACCAGAAUUCACACAGCACAGCUGUGGACAACCCCGAGUAUCUCAACACCAACCAGUCUCCGCUGGCCAAGACAGUCUUUGAGAGCUCUCCUUACUGGAUCCAGGCGGGCAACCACCAAAUAAAUCUGGACAAUCCUGACUACCAGCAGGACUUCUUACCGAAGGAAACCAAACCUAACGGUAUCUUGAAAGUUCCCGCAGCAGAGAACCCGGAGUACCUGAGGGUAGCAGCACCAAAAAGUGAAUACAUUGAAGCCUCAGCAUGA